AUGGGCAAAACCUUCAAAAGCAUAUAUGCCAGCUCAUUUGGCAAGUUCGAUGGUAACUCGGACAAAAUACCCCAAUGGAUACGGGCCAACGGAGGCCAAUAUUCCAAGGACAUUAGCAAAAAGAUCACUCAUCUGAUCACCACCAAGGAAGCCUUCAAGGAUAAUGCUGAAGCAGUCCGCAAAGCUCAGCAACUAAGGACUAUAAAAAUUGUCUCCUACGACUGGCUGGAAGACUCUCUCUUAUCUAAGAAUCGGAGACCGAAGCGUGAGACGGAAUACCUUCUCGCGAAUAUACUGAAGAAUGAGAAUAAGAAGAGGGAAAAAGAUAGAGACAAGAUAAGGAAAAAGGAGAAAGAAAAGUCUAGGAAAAAAGGUAAUCUGAAGAAUCAGGAUCCCUUUGGCAGGAAGAGAAAGGGCGUAAAGGCCGGCACUGCGGUGUAUCAAGACGCAAGAGUGACGUACAAUGCUACGCUUGUCCGGUCGAUGCAGGGCAAAAACUACAAGGAGAGAUAUGUGGUCAGGGUAUAUGAGUCUAAUAAAGAACCCCAUGUCUACGCUACACAUCUCGAGUACAGUCGUAUUGGCAAGCAGCAGAGUCAACUCCUGACACCGCUGAAAGCAGAUCAAGACUCCGCAGUGAAGGCUUUCAAGAAGAUUUUCAAGGACAAAACAGGUAAAGAGUGGGAAGAGCGACUGAACGGUGUUUUACCCUCUGGUAAGAGGGAUGCUGAUGGCAAAUUACUGCUUCCUCACGAGAACUGGUUUUACUACGAGGAUCGGGCUGGGAUGUUGUCAAAUUUCCUUCGGGGAGUUAUGGAUGCACCCGACGGCGAUGGCUCGAUGGUUGUCAAGCAAGAGCAUCUGGAUGCACCAAUGCAAGGCAUCAAGCACGAGUCACCGCAGGAUGCGAAUGAUGAGAGGCCAGGAAGCGACGAGUCAAUAAUCGUAUACGAUCUGACUGGUUCGGACGUAGAGAUUCUGAACUGUCCGCGAGACAAAUAUACCCGGUCGGCUAGCCCUAACUGUUUCCGAGGCUAA